AGAGUUUCUGUCGUUUCUGUCAACUUGUCGAUUGUGCCCUAACCAAAAACCCAAAAAACAGCAGAAACAGAAUCUCUUAUAAGUGCAGGUUUUGUUUAUAAGUAAAUGCUAAAAUGGCUAAACAGACACUUUUCAAUUUGUCAACUAAUGAAGAGAUUAUAGAGGAAUUAACAAAAGAUUUGAAAACUUCAACUUUAAAAGAAGAUAUUCAGUCGGAAACAAAGGAGGAGUUGCAAAAAGGCAGUGACAAAACUGAUCCGUGGGAUAAUAUAGGAAAAGAGACUGAGGAAGAAAAUGAAAAUGCAGAAGGAAGUAAAACGCCAACAAAUGAAAUUGUCGAGGAUUUAUCAGAUGAAGAACAUUUGAAAGACAGGGAUUUAAAUCUUACGAAUGUGGAGAAAGAGGUUUUAAAAAGUGAAUCUGAGAGUGUGAAAAGCGAGGCUAAUAAGUUGUUUAAAGAAGGUGAAUUCGAAGAAGCCCUGUCGAUGUACUCGCAAGCUUUAAAAAUGUGUCCUCUCGCCUUUAGUAAAGAAAGAGCAAUUCUUUUUGCGAAUAGGGCUGCUGCAAAAUCGAAACUUCCGCUAGAGAAAGUAUCAGCAAUAAGGGACUGUACCAAAGCUAUUGAAUUAGAUCCAAAUUAUGUCAAGGCUUAUUUAAGGCGUGCAAAUUUAUACGAAGAGACUGAUAAAUUGGAUGAAGCACUGGAAGACUUCAAAAAAGUGUUAACCUUUGAUCCAAGUCACACUGAAUCGAACUGUGCACUUCGAAGGCUGCCACCGCUUAUCGAAGAACGGAACGAAAAACUGAAGACAGAAAUGCUCGGAAAACUGAAAGACUUGGGCAAUCUAGUUCUCAAACCUUUCGGUCUCUCAACAAACAAUUUUGAACUGCAGCAGGAUCCAAAUAGUGGCGGAUAUUCUGUAAAAUUCAAUCAGAGUCCGAGGUAAAGAAAUAAUAUUGGCAGUAGCUGACAAUAUUUAUAAUAUAUGUGUAUAAAUUGUUGCAAAGAUUAGGAUGAGAAUAAGGUUUAAGAUAUCUUACAAAUAAAUAAAUAAUGAGUUA